GUCACCCGGGAGGAAGGGCUGCCCGUUUCCUUCCUCCAUCGGAUAGAGCUGCUCGGGACACCGGUGGGAGCUUCCGCUUUCUUGUGGAACGUACGGGCGGGGGACGGAGCGCCGACAAGCCGAGUCUAGUGGACGUCCAGCUGGGUCAAUGUGUGAUUGCUGACAGAAAGGGAUCAUGGCGGCGAUACGGCUCGUGUUCCUGCUUUCCUGGGCGGCCAGUUCGGGAGGUCAAUAUGGAAAUCCGUUGAAUAAUCACAUUAGGCAUUAUGAAGGUUUAACUUAUGACACAGACUCCUUACACCAAAAACACCAACGUGCCAAGAGAGCUAUAUCCCAUGAGGAUCAGUUUGUACACUUGGAUUUUCAUGCUCAUGGCAGGCAGUUCAACCUUCGAAUGAAGAGGGAUACAUCUCUUUUCGCUCCUGACUUCAAGCUGGAAAUGGCAGGAGAAAUUGUAGAUUAUGAUACAUCUCAUAUAUACAGUGGGCAGCUCUUUGGGGAACAAGGAACUUCGAGUCAUGGAUCUGUAUUGAAUGGCAGGUUUGAAGGCUUUGUUAAGACUCCUCAAGGCACCUUUUAUGUUGAGCCAGCAGAAAGAUAUAUUAAGGACAGAGCCGUUCCAUUUCAUUCCGUCAUGUAUCACGAGGAUGACGUCAAGUAUCCUCAUAAAUAUGGAGCUCAGGGGGGAUGUGCAGAUCACUCUGUGUUUGAAAGAAUGAAAUUAUAUCAGAUGUCGGCUCAAAGUAAACCAGAAAAGCAGGAAUCUGUGGAUGAGCAUGAAGAGAUUGGUCCUGUCAUUCUUAGGAAGAAACGAGCGGCUCAAGCAGAGAAAAAUACUUGUCAGCUGUACAUUCAGACCGAUCAUUUAUUUUACAAGCGAUAUGGAGAAACCAGAGAAGCUGUGAUAGCCCAGAUAUCCAGCCACGUAAAAGCAAUUGACACCAUUUAUCAGUCGACUGAUUUCAUGGGUAUCCGAAAUAUUAGCUUCAUGGUGAAGCGCAUUCGGAUCAACACUACAGCUGAUGAGAAAGACCCCUCUAAUCCAUUUCGCUUUCCCAACAUUGGUGUGGAGAAAUUCCUAGAACUAAACUCUGAGCAGAACCAUGAUGAUUACUGUUUGGCUUAUGUGUUUACAGACCGAGAUUUUGAUGACGGCGUCCUUGGGCUUGCCUGGGUGGGAGCCCCUUCAGGUAUUGGAUUUAGCAGCUCUGGUGGAAUUUGUGAAAAAAGCAAACUCUAUUCUGAUGGGAAGAAGAAGUCCCUGAACACAGGAAUCAUCACUGUUCAAAAUUAUGGCUCCCAUGUGCCUCCUAAAGUCUCUCAUAUCACCUUUGCUCAUGAAGUUGGCCAUAACUUUGGUUCUCCGCAUGAUUCUGGCUCUGAAUGUACUCCAGGAGAGUCCAAGAAUGUUGGCUUCAAGGAGAAUGGAAAUUUUAUCAUGUAUGCCAGAGCAACAUCUGGAGACAAGCUGAACAACAACAAAUUCUCUCUCUGUAGUGUCCGAAAUAUCAGUCAGGUUCUGGACAAGAAAAGAAAUUUCUGUUUUGUUGAGUCUGGCCAGCCGAUCUGUGGCAAUGGGCUUGUGGAACAAGGAGAGGAGUGCGAUUGUGGUUACAGUGAUCAAUGUAAAGAUGAAUGCUGCUUUAAUGCUAAUGAACCAGAAGACAGGAAAUGCAAAUUAAAGCCUGGGAAACGCUGCAGUCCUAGCCAAGGCCCAUGUUGUACACAACAGUGCAUUUUCAAGGACCGCACCCAGAAAUGCCGUGAUGAAUCUGACUGUGCACAGAUGGGAACUUGCAAUGGGGUUACUGCACAGUGUCCACCAUCUGAGCCAAGAGAGAAUUUAACAGAGUGUAACCGUCAAACUCAAGUCUGCAUCAAAGGGCAAUGUGCGGGUUCCAUCUGUGAAAAGUAUGACCUUGAAGAGUGCACAUGCGCCAGUACUGAUGGCAAAGAUGAUAAAGAGUUGUGUCAUGUCUGCUGCAUGGAAAAACUGAACCCUCUCUCCUGUGCAAGUACGGGAUCCGAUGUAUGGAAGAGUCACUUCAAAGGUAAAACCAUCACUCUGCAACCGGGUUCGCCCUGCAACGAGUUCAAAGGAUACUGUGAUGUCUUCAUGCGAUGCCGAUUGGUUGAUGCUGAUGGUCCCUUGGCUCGAUUGAAAAAGGCCAUUUUCAACCCAGAACUGUAUGAAAACAUUGCUGAAUGGAUUGUGGCUCACUGGUGGGCUGUAUUGUUAAUGGGAAUAGCACUGAUAAUGUUGAUGGCUGGGUUUAUCAAGAUAUGCAGCGUUCAUACACCAAGUAGCAAUCCCAAAUUACCACCACCCAAACCUCUUCCAGGCACAUUGAAGAGGAGGAGACCACCGCAACCAACUCAACAACCUCCACGGGCCCAGAGACCACGAGAAAGUUACCAGAUGGGACACAUGAGACGUUAACUGCAGCUUUUUAUUUUGCCUUUGGUUCUUCCUAGUGCCUACCAUGGGAAAGAUUCACUCCAAAGAAAUACCUACAGACAGUCACGAUUUCCCCUUGUUAGCAACCAAGAAUUGAAUCUGGACACGAGGAGGAAAGUGAGACCGUACCAUUGUACACGCUGGAGGGGGAGCUAUAACUUUUUAACACUCUUUAAUAAUAAGCUCCUGAUGAUGAAAAAUAACCAGAAUUUUUAAAGAAAUUGUUCUUUUUUAACUUCUCUGAAGGCAUAAAGUAUUAGAAUAUCUUUUUUUUUUUUUUUUUUUAUGCCCCCAUCGUAAUUUACAUUUCCUUUUUUUUUUUUUUUUGUUUCCUUCCAGCAAAACUUUAAUUGCUGAACAACAAAUUUAUUUUCUUUUUCUUAAUAUAAAACUGCCAACCAAGGCUAGGAAGACAGAGACCACCUCAGCAUUGGAGAACAUCUCUUGCCAAUGUACAUACUUUGUUAUAUGCAGACGUGUAUUUCUAAUGUACAAGCAUAUGUCUAUGUGCAAUUGUAAAAAACAGAUUGCAAUAUGGAUACGUUACUUUGUAUUAUAAUUUUUUUCCACUGUUAAUGAAGACAUUACUGUUUAAGUGACAUACUCAGGAUAACAAAGGAUUUGAUGUGUAUAAAGGCGACUGACUAUAUAUAUAUAUAUAAAUAUUUUUUUUUCUUUUGUUUAACAAGUUGAGAUCGGAAAAUCUGCAUUUUCCUUGCUAGGCUUCUUAGGAUCAGAGUUGGUUGGAGUGCUCAUGUCAUGUUUUUCAUUCCUACAAUGAGCAUUUCUCUCUCUCAGACUUGAAUGUUCCGCUGGCUAACUACAAAUGUAUGAAACCUAAAACCACUCUGGACGUCAGGAUUCCUGUUUUUACGUCAUGUUUUUAUUCAGCUCCUAUGUUCCCAAGUAACUGGAAGGUUUAGGUGUGUAUGUUGAUAAAAAAAAAAAACUAUUCGAUGAAUGUUGGCCAUCAAGUAGUUUCCUUACACAAACUACUUUUGACCUAAUAUAAUAGAGAAGAUAAUGCACAGCAUAAUGAAAUCUUGUUUAUUCUGCCAUUACUUUGAGCGAUAAAAAUAGACAUCUACAAUGAAGAUGGUUGUUGAUUGACCAAUGAGAAACGGACUUCUAAAAGGGUAACUUUGUCUUGGCUGAUGCAUUUAUACAUUGCUCCUGAAUGGGUUAGAAAAUUUGGUUACCAAGCUCUGCCGGAUUUAAGGAUAUUCUGUAAAGGAGAUCUUUAUAAUUUGUUCAUGCAUUCUGUGCUGUGCAUGUAAAUAUAUGGGCAUUACCAAAAGCCUUUGAUUUCUUUCUGAAUACUUCCAAUGACAUCUAUUUUUUUUUCUGCCAUUGGCAAACAAAACAAAAAAAAAAAUCAUGCAGCAUUUGUGUACCUCUGAAUUCUGUUCCUUCAUUUAUGUUUUGUCUUUAAAUGCUUGUAUUGUCAGGGAGACUUGAAUAGCACUCCUUUGGCAUGCAUUGUCUUUGCUGAAUAACAAAAA